UCUCAACAUUUUCCUUUAUUUUUUUCUCUCUCUCAUUUUUUUAGGUUCUCUGAAUCUGAAGAUUCAAUCCUUUAAUAUCGUCAAGAUAUUAUUUUAUGGUGUUCAUGGAUGGUUAUAGAGGAAGCGAGAGCCGAACGAGUUCCGAAACGUCUGAGUUAACUGGUUACGAGUCAGGCGAGUUGGCUCAACAGGAUUCACCGGUGAUAGCAUCUAUGGCUUCAGAAUGGACGGAUGAGAAGCAUAAUCUUUAUCUGAAAUCCAUGGAGGCGUCGUUUGUUAAUCAGUUGCACAAUUCGAUGGAUCUUCUUGGUUGGCGGUCCCUGAAGGAAGGGUCAGUUGCAAAUUUGUCAAGGGAAGUCAAUUGUCGCACCUGUACUCCUUCUGGUGAGUUUAAGGUUCUUCGACGUGGGAACUGGCAGAAAAUCAAUUUUCGAAGGCCUGAAUCACAAAUAAGCUCAGCAAAGGAGUCCCGUGGCUUUUUAACUAGUCCGUGGAUUCAGCACUUUACAUCUUCAAGAAAACCAGAAGAUGUAGCAUCUCCUACUCUUCAAGAAUGCGCUAACCGAAGUCGAGCAGCCAUAUCAAAUGGGAAGAAGGCAAUGCUCUGCUGUCCAGCAAUUAGUUCAAAACAUUAUCAUUUAAGCAACUCUUUUUCAUGUCAUCAUGAUUUGGUUGACAGCAACACAGAGAUGUCAGAUCAGAACUUUGUUGAUGAAGAUAUCAAAGGUGAAAAGGCAAGCAGUUCAUUGAGUUCAAAAACUCUGAAAACUCUGAAAACUGAUGCUUCAGGUAGUGACCAGGUUGUUCCCCACGGCAAGCCUCCUGUGGCAGAAGAGGUUACUGAGGAGUGUAUUUCUGCAGCAAAAUAGAUGACUUGCACUACGGAUUAGCAAGUCGCUGGCUUGUGUGACUAACUUUCUAACCCUUGAAGUGACUGGAUAAGCAUAUUUUUUUCCCUUUUGAAUUGAGGGGGGAGGGAGAUACAGUGAGGCAGUGCCAAACCUGGUUACAGCAAACAACAACUGGCAUUCAUUUGAUGCUGAUGCUCCGAAGACAGGGGAGGUGGAGGAAUACUCUCUUGCUGUGGCUACUAAUCAUCUUUAUCUGCUAAUAAGUUUUUAAAUGUUUUGUGGUAGUUGUAUAUGUUGCAUGUCAGUUAUUUGAUAUGUUGACACAAGUUAGCUAAUUUUGCACAACAAUUAAGGUUUGUAUCUGAGCUAUGAUGAUAGUUAUUGAAGUCAGAGGGUUGAGUUUUUGCU